UAAUCCCCAACUCUAGUGCAGUCCCUUUGUUUCCCUGUUUCCUUCCUACAGUAAAUGUCUCGGCGAAUCUAAACAAAUCACAGACAAACAAAAUGGUUCUCGGCGUUUCGCCGCACUGAUUUAAAGUAUCGCAAAUGUUAAAGUACAUUGUCCACAAUGAUUGCUCGCCAAUCAGCUGUUACUGUCUUAACCUUGGCGUUUCUGGUCCAAUGUUUUUAUUGCGAGGACCCUAAGCUGACCAGCAUGAAGAGACUGACCAACGCCUCAAAUCUCUUUGCUCGCAGUCUCUACUCACACGUAGUGGCAAAAGAGCCUAUGGCUAUCUAUUCUCCAUCAACGGCUCAUACCUGCUUGUCCAUGGUCUACUUAGGGUCCAGGGAGUCUACUGCAGACCAGAUGAAAAGGUCAUUAAAGUUACACAACGUGGCCGGACCACAUGCCACAUACAAAGAUCUCACCAUUAGCUUAAACAGUCUGCAGAGCGACCAGGUUUUGAUGACCAGCGCACUCUGGAUCAACUCCAAAUAUCGCGUCAAACCAGAGUACAAGACUACAGUUGGCAGACAGUAUUUUGCAGAAGUGAAGAAUUUCAGUUCUUUUUCUGUAGGGGGCCCCGAUUUUCUGAUUAACGCAUGGGCUAGAGACAAAACAAGAGGAAAAAUCUCUAGUAUUUUGCCUCAAGCUGGUAUCUCACAGCAUGCGUCUCUAAUCCUCAUUAGUGCUCUAUUCUUUAAUUUCACUUGGACCUCACCCUUUGACAAGGACCAGACAUCCAAGAUGGAUUUUUAUAGAGCCAAUGGGACUCCAGUCCAGGUGGAUAUGAUGCGACAAGUGUCCAAUCUUGACAUCAAGAUCUCAGCCGUGGCCAACGCUGACGUCAUCAAACUGCCUUUGACGAACCCGAGGCUGGCUUUAUACCUGGUUUUGCCCAGGUCGGUGUCGGGAUUGCAUGAACUUGAAACCUCUGUCAACACCAACAGCGCGGAUUUCGAAGCCGUCUUUCAUGGAUUUCAAAAUACAAGAGUGGAUCUCACUUUGCCGAGAUUUUCAGUAUCCACGGUGAUAAGGCUCAAGAAUGCAUUGUCCAAUAUGGGAAUGCCUAAUGCUUUCAGCGAAUUCGCAAAUUUCUCUGCUAUUUCUGAGUCCCCACUAACUCUUUUGGACGUCGUUCAAAAAACGGUCAUCGAGGUUCAAGAAUCAGGCACAGUUGCAGCGCCAUUGAGCUUGCCCGUUUCGGGCUACUCGCCGCCCUUGGAGACGGAACCGCCACUGCUCUUCAAGGCCGAUCAUCCGUUCAUGUUUUUUCUUCGAGACGAUACGACAAAUCUUAUUAUUUUACAGGGGAGACUAUCAGACCCUACAGUGAGAAGUGUUGACCUAGCUUAAUAUCUCGUGAUGAACUGGGUGCUCAAAUACAAAACAUGCACAAAACAGUAACUAAUAAUUAAACUGAAAAUAAAGUUAGAAAUGUUUACAUGUGUUAUUUUGUAAAAGCACAACCACAACCCAUAGCAAUUUAAUGUUCCUCUUUCAGACCUUGUGGUCUAUAUGGCAAAUAAUGCAAAGGUUAUCUGUUUCUGUGGCCUACGGUUAACGAAGGUGUCAUGUGUCCAUGACAGUGACCAACCACCUGUACUUUCCGCAAUUAAUGUCAGGUACCCAUUAGACUGGGUGGACUCAGAGGCGCCCAAAGAUCCGGAAAUUAAAAAUCCCAGUCUUCAUUACGAUCCGAACCCGGUACUCCCAGAAGCCAAGCGCCUGAUCUUAUGUAAAAUAAUUUUAUUAUUAUGGUCAUGGCAAUAUGGACUAGUUAAUAAUCAACGCAUUAUCUUUUCCUCCCCAUCCCCAAACGUCUCUCUCUUUCUUCCUGUUCUAUGUUUCUUUCUUUCUCUCUCUCUUUCUUCCUGUUCUAUGUUUCUUUCUCUCUCUCUCUUUCUUCCUGUUCUAUGUUUUUUCUCUCUCUCUCUUUCUUCCUGUUCUAUGUUUCUUUCUCUCUCUCUCUCUCUUUCUUCCUGUUCUAUGUUUCUUUCUCUCUCUCUCUUUCCCAAUUCAUUUUUUUAAAUUUAUUCUUUAUCUCUUUUACUUGGUAUUGAAAUUAUCCAGGUGCCACUUUAUACCAAAAUAACAUCUCUGAAAGCAAUACUACUAAAGUAACCAGCUAAACAAACAUAUUCGUUGAAUUAUUAUGUUCAUUGUCUUUUUUUCUUUCUCUCUUUCGUGUUCAUGGAAAGAAACAAAUAGGUCGCUAGCAAGACACUUGCUUUCCCUUCUGAUUCCCCAAGCCAACAUCUCACUAAGAAUCACACCAGACUACAAAAUUGUUGUUCCAUGUAAUGAAUUAAAUCAAACGAUGAUACUGCAUUCCCGGUUGCAUAUAAAAAUGAUAUUGUAAUUCAAUUGAAAAUAUACAGGUUCAUUGAUUUUAUAAAUUUAAGAUUGUAUAUAAAUUUUUUCUUUCAUUUUAAAAUUGUAAUUCUUGUAUUCAUGUCCAUCUUGUAAUAAAAGAAUACCGCUCGAAA